GCUGAAGAGCUGAGGGACAGUGUCUAGGCCCAGAGUUCAAGGCCCAUGACCGACAAAAAGAAAAAAGAAAAAUGCCUUGAGUGCUUUUGCUAAUAGCUUUUGUGUGAUAUGAGUAGAUUGAACCUAGGACCGUAAGCCAGAAGUCCAGACCUCACUCUUGACCAUUUUUGUGAUAUCUACACCUAUCUCCAAAAUUCAGUAUUUGUAAAUUUCCAAAUUAAAAAUAACCUUGCUCUCAAGCCUGCUUCCUUCUAUUUCCUCUUGGCAGGUUCCCUGCCAAGAACUGACAAUCUGAUGAGCACAGAUCGCCCUUGAAGGAGUUCACAGUUGCCCAAUAAAAAUACCGCGUGACCUUAGCAUUGCAUAUUUCUUUAUCAUCUAAUUUGUUUCAAAAUGAAAUGAAAAAUGUUAAUGAUUGCUUUCACCACCCAGAAUGAAAAACCCAGACUCUGCCACCUUCUCCCCGGUGGCAGUACAAGUGGUCUGUGACCAAGAGCCAGGCACGCAGGGCCCCUCCAUGGCUCACGACUAUUUAUGGUACCAGGGCAUUCCUUUCCCUGCCGUGGGUAGCAACCCUGAAUUCAUAAAAGCAGCCCACGAGAAGCUGGUGCUGAAGGAUGAGGAAAUCAUCACGGUGAGCUACCCCAAAUCCGGAACCAACUGGGUGGUUGAGAUCCUGUGUCUCAUUCACAGCAAAGGGGAUCCCGAGUGGAUCCGGUCUGAGCCCAUCUGGGAUCGCUCCCCAUGGAUGGAGACUGAAUAUGGAUCCAAAAUCAUUAAGGACAGGAAGGAGGGGCCCCCCCUCCUCUCCUCCCACCUCCCCAUGCAACUCUUCCCCAAGUCUUUCUUCACUUCCAAGGCCAAGGUUAUCUACAUCAUCAGAAAUCCAAAGGAUGUUCUUGUGUCUGGCUAUCAUUUCUGGAGUAGAUCAAGGUACAUGAAGAAUCCACAGUCUCUGCAGCAGUAUUACGAAUGGUUCAUCCAAGGCAGUGUGCCGUAUGGGUCAUGGUUUGCACAUGUCCAGGGCUGGAUGUCCAUGAGGGAGAGGGAGAAUGUGCUGGUGCUCAGUUACGAGGAGCUGAAGAAGGACACAAGGAGCACUGUGGAGAAGAUCUGUCAGUUCCUGGGGAAGAAGCUGGACCCCGAAGAGCUAGACUUGGUCCUGGAGAACAGCUCCUUCCAGGCCAUGAAGGAAAACAUGAUGUCCAAUUACAGCAUGGCGAACAGGAAUAACUUUCCUGCUGGUGUCCUAAUGACCAGGAAAGGCAUUGUGGGAGACUGGAAGAACCACUUCACUGUAACCCAGGCUGAAGAUUUCGACAAAAUAUUCUGGGAGAAGAUGGCAGGAUUUCCUCCAACGCUGUUCCCGUGGGACUAAGGAACUUGAGGAGCAAUGGAGAUCCAUGACCUGGGGGAUCAUGGCUGCCAUCCUGGAGUAGUGAGAGAUCCUGGGAGAAGCAGAAGAAAUCAGAAGAAAAAUGCAGUGAGGAUACUUUGCAAUGAUUUUUGGUUGAUAUUAGUGAAUUGUACAUAGGCCCUUGAUCCAGAAGUCCAACCUCUCUCUGCAAUUUUUGUGAUAUCUAUACUGCUUCUCAAAAUAAGUAUCUGUAAUGUUUUUAAUUAAUGAAACCUCCAUUCAAGCCUAUUUUUUCUUGUAGUUCUGGUUCCCUGCUGUGAAGUAAAAAGUAGAUGAGGACAGAUCACCCUUUGAAUGAUUGCACAUUUGCCGAAUAAAAAUCCUUGGUGACAAUCACA